CUUUCCAACAUAAUUGUUGUGCGUCACUUCUUUAUGCAUCCGCUGUUGGAACAGGACGAGCACAACGAAUACGCAAAUGCUGAUGGUGGUUUGGAUGAGCAGGACUUGCGCGAGGUGUAUGUAGAAUUCUUUGAUGAUGUAAUACCAGAAUUGCAGGGAUUUGGUUAUUUACGAAAUUUCCGUACUGUGCGUAAUGUGUUGCGACACUUGCGUGGACAUGUGUUCGUCGAGUACUUGGAGGAGAGAUCUGCUUUAAAAGCUUUUAUAAAGCUACAAGGUCGCUUUUAUGCCGGCAGGCAACUAAAUGUAGAAUUUUCAAGCAUUCAAAAUUGGCGGAGCGCUAUUUGUGUGUUAUCGCACGCGCACAAAUGUCCUAAGGGUGAUAAAUGUAAUUAUUUACACUUAUUCAAAAACCCUGGUAAUAAGUACAACACGCGUUUGGUGGCCAAAAGAACACCAAGUGCUAGGGUGCAGGUAGCCACGCCCCUAAUAAGCUGGAACAUGGUGACAGCGAAUGAUGUAAAACAAAAUUCACGCAACUGGCGUUGGUCCGAGAGUCCUAAAAUUGAAGCAACGAGAUUUGAUCCAGAAAAGACUGAGAAAAAAGUUAGCAAAAGCGAUGAUUGCCGUAGACAUAAAAAUGAUGAUAAACUAAAAAAUUCCACCCACACCCAAACAAAAAACGAAGAUGUCGAUGGUAAAUCAAAGUGUAAACAUGGUAAAUCAAAGCGUAAACGCAAAAAACAAAAACAUGAGCGCGACAAGUCUCAUAAAAAGCACAAAAGAAAGCGUUCGCGCAGCUCAAAGCAUUCUGAAAAGCAUCAAGACCGCCAAAAUGAUUCCAGAACUAGUGACAAUAAGCACAGUAAAAGCAAAUAUGAUCACACUACGCGCUCUUGUACACCCAGUACUAAGAGUGAUGAUGGCCGACAGAGCAAAUCAGCUGGAAGUGAAAGUAGUCGUUCAGCUAGACAGGAUGAUGACAAGGGACAGCAUAAGAAUGGCAGCGACAAACGCGAGCAUUCAACUGCUGAGGAGAGGCAUACAAAGCAAAAAUACCAUAAAUCUAGUAGCUCAGAUAGCUUUACUCCAAAGAAAAAUAGAAGCAUUGACAGCAACAGAAGUCGGAGCAAAGAAAGUCCCGAGCGGAGAAACGCGGCGUCGAAGUGUUAACAGCGGCUUAUUUUGAAAUAUCUUCGGUGAUGCUACAAAAUGUUC